AUGUCGCCAGGAAUGUCGCUGUAUAGCGUCAAUGCUAUCUUAAUCCUAUCGAGCGAGGACGGCUCGCGGAUAUUCACAAAAUACUACACCCCGCCGCACCAGACCGCAUCGAACCCCUCCGCCCCCUCCGCCUCGUCGAGCCCCUACCCCGACAAGACCGCGCAAACCCGCUUCGAAAAAGGCCUCCUCGCCAAAACCGCCAAACAAACCGGCGACAUCCUCCUCUACGACAACCGCAUCGUCCUCUACAAGAUGGAGUCCGACGUAGCCCUGUACAUCGUUGGCAGCGUCGACGAAAACGAGAUCCUGCUGUACAACGUGCUGCUGGCCCUGCGCGACAGCCUGCACCUGCUGUUCAAGCAGUCGGUGGACAAGCGCACGGUGGUCGAGAACUAUGAUUUGGUCUCGCUGGCGGUGGACGAGAUUUGCGAUGAUGGCGUGGUGUUGGAGACGGAUCCGACGAUUAUUGUGCAGCGGUGCAGUAAGGCGCCGUCGCAGGAUGUGAACCUGAGCCGGAUUGAUCCGUUUAGCGAGCAGGGCGUGAAUAACCUGGCGCAGCUGGGUAAGGCGAAGUUGACGGAUUGGUUGCGGCAGGGGUUGUGA